AUGUCAUUUUUCAAUUCUUUCAAAUUCGGUAGGAAUAGCAAGAAAACGAAGCAGACAAAUGGAGCAGCUGGUCAUACUGGUGUGCCCAAUAUCUAUUCAACUCCCCGGCAUAGUAAUUCGAAAAUAUCGAUAAGGAAGAUGCAUUCGCCGUCGCGACAUUCUGUCCCGUCGCAGGGCAAUUUGAACCAGCAAUACGCGUCGCAAGCUGCCGAUAAAUCGGACUCCCAACAGACGCUUUUCUUGAGUGAACCUUUUGUGAGGACAGCGCUCGUGAAGGGGUCAUUUAAGACCAUUGUACAGCUUCCCAAAUACGUAGAUCUGGGGGAAUGGGUAGCGCUCAACGUUUUUGAGUUUUACACGAAUUUGAAUCAGUUCUACGGUGUGGUAGCCGAAUAUGUUACUGCUGACGCGUAUCCUACAAUGAAUGCGGGUCCACACACGGAUUAUUUGUGGCUUGAUGCUAAUAAUCGGCAAGUUUCUUUGCCUGCAGGGCAGUACAUCGAUUUGGCUUUGACAUGGAUAAACAGCAAAGUCACAGAUAAGACCUUAUUCCCAACACAAAACGGCCUUCCUUUCCCCUCCAAUUUUGUCAGGGAUACACAGCGGAUCAUGAUUCAAAUGUUUCGAAUUUUUGCACACAUGUACCACCAGCAUUUUGACAAAAUCAUCCAUCUUUCUCUGGAGGCUCACUGGAACUCAUUUUUCGCUCAUUUCAUAAGUUUUGCCAAGGAGUAUAACUUGGUUGACAGGAAAGACAUGUAUCCUCUAGGCGCGCUGAUAGAAAGUUUGGAACAGCAGGGUAAAAUAAUAUAA